CAACUCCAGCCUCAGGUUUCCGAGCACGCCGGGUACAUCCACCACCCAGCCUCGCCCUUUAGCACUGCGUUCCUCGCGUACUCUUAGGGUCGUUUCUCUCCUAUUUUCGUGUGAGAGCACCUGAGGCCGCCCCCGGAGUGGGGGGGCAAGAAGGGGAGGAGGCGGAGGAGGAGGCGGCCGCCGCGCUCCGUGUGGCAGCGCCGGGGAGGAGCUACCUGCGGAGGCCAUUUCCCGGGGAGGAACGCGCCCAUGGGGGUUCAGCUUUGGCAUGUACAGCCUGGCGCUGGGGACCAAGGCAGGCUCACUGGCUGACAUUUUGCCCAGCAGCGUGGAUCACAGUAACUGCAAAUGCAACAGGUUGGCUCGCUGCAUCCGAGAUCCAGGCUCUAGUGCACUGUCAGUGCCUCACACUUGGGAUUCAGGUUUCCUAGCUGGGGCUCGCAGCAUGGUUUGAAGGCAGCCCAGAAGGAUCCUUAAUGGCUCUCCUGGAAGAUGUUCAGCAGCCACUCCCACUGAGCGCUUCCAACGCUUACACACAGCGCCAGAAGCAAUCUGCAGUGAAGUAUAAGGAUUUGCAGUGCAUGGAGGAAGACACGCUUUCCUAGAGAUUUAACUUGUCCAAACAUACCAAGGCUUCGGGAUCCGCGCGGCGGGACGGCAUCGCCAUGUUUCGGAACAGCCUCAAGAUGCUCCUGACGGGAGGGAAGUCGAACCGCAAAAACAGGUCCAGCGAUGGAGGGAGCGAGGAGCCGCCAGACCGAAGACAGGCAAGUGUAGACGCCCGGCAGAGCCGAUCUGGGCAAGGCACCUCCACAGAGAACGACUGUGCUUUCGACGCAGACUACGCCAUCCCGCCGCUCCCCGUGACCGAAGGUAUGCAGCAGUUUCGGAUUAUGGAGGGCAUGUCCCGCUCCCUUCCAUCCUCCCCCUUACUCACACAUCAGUCUAUCAGUGUUCGGCUCCAACCCGUGAAGAAGUUGCCUGCCCCUCUGAGGAAAGCAAAGUUUGUUGAGAGCCCUCGCAUCCCCGAGUCCGAGCUCGGCUCGCCAACGCUCUCUUCAGCGCAGAAACUGGACGUGGAUGCAUACUGCCCUGGUGACGCUGAGCAGGAGCUGGGACCCCCUCCAUCCGUAGAUGAGGCAGCAAAUACACUCAUGACUCGCCUGGGCUUCCUCCUGGGGGAGAAAGUCACGGAGGUACAGCCAGGGCCCCAGUACAGCAUGGAGGUGCAGGACGAGAACCAGAGCUCGGCCGUGACGCAGCGCAUCAGCCCCUGCUCCACGCUGACCAGCAGCACGGCCUCGCCGCCCGCCAGCAGCCCCUGCUCCACGCUGCCACCCGUCAGCACCAGCGUCCCCGCCAAGGACUGCAGCUACGGGGCCGUCACCAGCCCCACGUCCACGCUGGAGAGCAGGGACAGCGGCAUCAUAGCCACUUUGACGAGCUACUCCGAAAACGUGGAGCGCACCAAGUAUGGAGGGGAAAGCAGCAAGGAGCUGGGCUCGGGUGGCAACCUGAAGCCCUGGCAGUCCCAGAAGUCCAGCAUGGACUCGUGCCUGUACCGCGUGGAUGAGAACAUGACGGCCUCCACCUACAGCCUGAACAAGAUCCCGGAGAGGAACCUGGAGACCGUCCUGUCCCAGUCGGUGCAGUCCAUCCCGCUGUACCUCAUGCCACGGCCCAACUCGGUUGCAGCCACCAGCUCGGCCCACCUGGAGGACCUGGCGUACCUGGACGAGCAGCGGCACACCCCCCUGCGCACCUCCCUCCGCAUGCCCCGGCAGAGCGUGGCCGGAGCCCGCGCGCAGCAGGACCUGCGAGUGCGCUUCGCACCCUACCGACCUCCCGACAUCUCCCUGAAGCCGCUGCUCUUCGAGGUCCCCAGCAUCACCACCGAGUCCGUCUUCGUGGGCCGGGAUUGGGUGUUCCACGAGAUCGACGCGCAGCUGCAGAGCUCCAACGCCAGCGUCAACCGCGGCGUGGUGAUCGUGGGGAACAUCGGCUUUGGGAAGACGGCCAUCAUCUCCAGGCUGGUCGCGCUCAGCUGCCACGGCACUCGGAUGAGGCAGAUCGCAUCCGACAGCCCGCACGCCUCGCCCAAACAUGUGGAUGCAAACAGAGAGCUGCCCUUAACCCAGCCGCCUUCUGCUCACUCCUCCAUCGCCAGCGGGAGCUGCCCGGGGACGCCCGAGAUGCGCCGGCGCCAGGAGGAGGCCAUGAGGAGACUUGCUUCCCAGGUCGUCGCCUACCACUACUGCCAGGCGGACAACGCCUACACCUGCCUGGUGCCCGAGUUCGUGCACAACGUGGCCGCGCUGCUGUGCCGCUCGCCCCAGUUCGUCGCCUACCGGGAGCAGCUGCUGCGCGAGCCCCACCUGCAGAGCAUGCUGAGCCUGCGCUCCUGCGUGCAGGACCCCAUGGCUUCCUUCCGCAGGGGGAUCCUGGAGCCCCUGGAGAACCUGCACAAAGAGAGGAAGAUCCCUGAUGAGGAUUUCAUCAUAUUAAUUGACGGUUUAAACGAGGCUGAAUUUCACAAGCCAGAUUAUGGUGACACCAUAGUCUCAUUCCUGAGCAAAAUGAUUGGAAAAUUCCCUUCCUGGCUGAAGCUGGUUGUGACCGUCAGGACAAGCCUACAGGAAAUAAUUAAGCUGUUGCCCUUCCACAGAAUAUUUUUGGAUAGGCUGGAAGAGAACGAAGCCAUAGACCAGGACCUGCAGGCGUACAUCCUUCACCGGAUACACAGCAGCUCGGAGAUCCAGAACAACAUCUCGCUGAACGGCAAAAUGGACAACACCACCUUCGGCAAACUCAGUUCUCACCUCAAGACCUUGAGCCAAGGCUCCUACCUGUACCUGAAACUCACUUUUGAUCUCAUAGAGAAAGGAUACCUGGUACUAAAAAGCUCCAGCUACAAAGUAGUCCCAGUGUCUCUGUCAGAAGUUUACCUGUUGCAGUGCAAUAUGAAGUUCCCGACGCAGUCUUCCUUUGAUCGGGUGAUGCCUCUCUUGAAUGUGGCAGUGGCAUCUCUGCAUCCUUUAACAGAUGAGCAUAUUUUUCAGGCCAUUAAUGCAGGUAACAUUGAGGGCACUUUGGAGUGGGAUGACUUUCAGCAGAGGAUGGAGAACCUUUCUAUGUUUCUUAUCAAACGUAGAGACAUGACGCGAAUGUUUGUUCAUCCCUCUUUCCGAGAAUGGCUUAUUUGGAGAGAAGAAGGCGAAAAGACCAAGUUUCUUUGUGAUCCUAGGAGUGGCCACACGCUGCUUGCCUUCUGGUUUUCCCGUCAAGAAGGAAAACUAAAUCGACAGCAAACUAUCGAACUGGGACAUCACAUCCUCAAAGCACAUAUUUUUAAGGGGCUGAGUAAAAAAGUUGGGGUGUCUUCCUCCAUCCUGCAAGGGCUUUGGAUCUCCUACAGCACCGAAGGUCUUUCCAUGGCUUUGGCAUCGCUGAGAAACCUCUACACCCCAAACAUCAAGGUCAGUCGGUUGCUGAUUCUAGGAGGUGCCAACGUGAAUUACCGGACCGAGGUUCUGAACAACGCCCCAAUUCUGUGCGUGCAGUCUCACCUGGGUUACGCGGAGAUGGUGGCUUUGCUCCUGGAGUUCGGUGCCAAUGUAGAUGCUGCUUCCGAGAGCGGCCUGACCCCGCUUGGGUACGCUGCUGCUGCUGGGUUCCUGAGCAUUGUUGUGCUGCUGUGCAAGAAACGGGCCAAGGUGGAUCACUUGGACAAGAACGGUCAGUGCGCGCUGGUCCACGCCGCCCUCAGAGGACACCUGGAGGUGGUGAAGUUCCUGAUCCAGUGCGACUGGAGCAUGGCUGGGCAGCAGCAGGGGGUGUUCAAAAAGAGCCACGCCAUCCAGCAGGCCCUGAUCGCCGCAGCCAGCAUGGGCUACACAGAGAUUGUCUCCUACCUGCUCGAUCUUCCAGAAAAAGAUGAAGAGGAGGUGGAGCGAGCACAGAUCAACAGCUUUGACAGUCUUUGGGGAGAGACAGCGCUGACGGCGGCCGCGGGCCGGGGGAAGCUGGACGUGUGCCGGCUGCUGCUGGAGCAGGGAGCUGCCGUGGCACAGCCCAACCGGCGCGGCGUGGUGCCGCUCUUCAGCGCCGUCCGGCAGGGCCACUGGCAGAUCGUGGACCUGCUGCUCACCCACGGCGCCGACGUGAACAUGGCGGACAAGCAAGGCCGGACGCCGCUGAUGAUGGCUGCAUCCGAGGGACACCUGGGCACGGUGGAGUUUCUGCUUGCACAAGGUGCCUCCAUUUCUCUGAUGGACAAGGAGGGCCUGACAGCCCUCAGCUGGGCUUGCCUAAAGGGCCACCUGGCCGUGGUGCGGGCCCUGGUGGAGAACGGGGCGGCCACCGACCACGCCGACAAAAAUGGGCGCACGCCACUGGACCUGGCGGCUUUCUACGGCGACGCGGAGGUGGUUCAGUUCCUGGUGGACCACGGGGCCAUGAUCGAGCACGUCGACUACAGCGGGAUGCGUCCCCUCGACAGGGCGGUGGGGUGCCGCAACACCUCGGUGGUCGUCACCCUCCUGAAGAAAGGAGCAAAGAUAGGUCCAGCAACAUGGGCGAUGGCCACCUCCAAACCAGACAUCAUGAUCAUCCUGUUGAGCAAGCUGAUGGAGGAGGGAGACAUGUUUUACAAGAAAGGUAAAGUGAAGGAGGCCGCCCAGCGCUACCAGUACGCUCUGAAGAAGUUCCCCAGGGAAGGCUUUGGGGAAGACCUGAAAACCUUCCGUGAGCUGAAGGUGUCACUCCUUCUCAACCUGUCCCGAUGUCGAAGGAAAAUGAAUGACUUCGGAAUGGCGGAGGAGUUCGCUACUAAAGCACUGGAGCUGAAACCGAAAUCUUACGAAGCUUACUAUGCAAGAGCAAGGGCCAAACGCAGCAGCAGGCAGUUUGCAGCAGCCCUGGAGGACCUGAACGAGGCCAUCAAGCUGUGCCCCAACAACCGUGAGAUCCAGCGGCUGCUGCUGCGGGUGGAGGAGGAGUGCCGGCAGGUGCAGCAGCAGCAGCAGCAGCAGCAGCAGCCACCCCCGCUGCCGGCAGAGCCUGAGCCCGAAGCCCAGCACGAAGAGCUGUAUUCUGUGCAAGACAUUUUUGAGGAGGAGUACCUCGAGCAGGACGUCGAGAAUGUUUCCAUUGGCUUGCAGACAGAGUCCAGGCCAAACCAAGGGCUUCCCAUCAUCCAGAGCCCGCCCCCGUCCCCGGCUCACCGGGACUCGGCCUAUAUUUCUGGCUCCCCCCUCGGCUCCCAUCAGGUCUUUGAUUUCAGGUCCAACAGCUCCGUGGGCUCGCCCACCAGGCAGGGCUACCAGUCCACGUCUCCCACUCUGUCUCCGACACACCAGAACUCCCAUUACCGGCCCAGUCCUCCGCACACCUCUCCUGCCCACCAGGGCUCCUCGUACCGCUUCAGCCCACCCCCUGUCGGGAGCCAGGGGAAGGAAUAUCAGAGCCCACCGCCUUCUCCUCUUCGCAGAGGCCCUCAGUACCGUGCCAGCCCCCCCGCAGACGGCAUGAGCGUGUACAGGUCGCAGUCGGGCUCCCCGGUUCGCUAUCAGCAAGAACCCAGCGCCGUCAGCCCGCUGCCCGGCAGGCCCAAGUCCCCUCUGUCCAAAAUGUCACAGCGUUCCUUCCAGAUGCCCCAGCUGCCCGUGGCUGUGCCACAGCAGGGCCUGAGGUUGCAGCCAGCAAAGGCGCAGAUCGUGCGGAGCAACCAGCCCAGCUCGGCCGUGCACUCCAGCACCGUCAUCCCCACCGGUGCGUACAGCCAGGUGGCCCACUCGAUGGCCAGCAAGUACCAGGCGGCGGCGGGGGAGAUGGGGGUCAGCCAGAGCAGGCUGGUGUACCAGGGCUCCAUCGGGGGGAUCGUAGGGGACAGCCGGCCCGUGCAGCACGUGCAGGCCAGCCUCAGCGCGGGGGCCAUCUGCCAGCACGGAGGGUUGGCCAAGGAAGAUCUUCCACAGCGGCCGUCCUCGGCGUACAGGGGUGGCAUGAGGUACAGCCAGACACCCCAGAUCGGGCGCAGCCAGUCGGCUUCCUACUACCCCGUGUGCCACUCGAAGCUGGACCUGGAGCGUUCAUCCCUGCCCUCCGGCCAGCUCGGCUCUCCGGACGUGUCCCACCUCAUCCGGAGGCCCAUCAGCGUUAACCCCAGCGAAAUCAAGCCUCACCCGCCGACCCCGAGGCCGCUGCUCCAUUCGCAGAGCGUCGGCCUGCGCUUCUCUCCCUCCAGCAAUAGCAUCUCAUCCACCUCCAAUCUGACGCCCAACUUCCGCCCCUCCGCCUCGAUCCAGCAGAUGGAGAUCCCUCUGAAGCCGGCCUACGACAGGGCGUGCGACGAGCUGUCCCCGGUGUCCCCCACGCAGGGGGGGUACCCCAGUGAGCCGGCCCGUUCCCGGACCACGCCGUUCAUGGGAAUCAUUGAUAAAACCGCUCGGACUCAGCAGUACCCCCAUCUCCAUCAGCAGAACCGGACCUGGGCCGUGUCGUCAGUGGACACUGUAAUUAGCCCUACGUCUCCUGGCAAUCUCCCCCAGCCGGAAUCAUUUAGCCCACCUUCUUCAAUCAGCAACAUUGCCUUUUAUAACAAAACCAACAAUGCACAGAAUGGCCAUUUGCUAGAGGAAGACUAUUACAGCCCCCAUGGGAUGCUGGCCAAUGGGUCCCGGGGAGACCUCCUGGAGAGAGUCACCCAAGCCUCCUCGUACCCCGAUGUCAAGGUGGCGAGGACGCUGCCGGUGGCACAGGCCUACCAGGACAACCUGUACAGGCAGCUCUCCCGGGACUCCCGGCAAGGGCAGACGUCCCCAAUCAAACCAAAGAGACCAUUUGUGGAGUCUAAUGUGUAAGAGACGCUUGUUGGAGUAAGACCCUUAUGUUUGCAGCACACACUUCCAAGCUUGAUUUCCAUGCAUAUUAUUAUUAUUAUUAUUAUUAUUAAUUAUUAUUAUUAUUAUUAUUUUUAUUUCUCUUUGGUAGCGACAUGACCACGUUUCUCCGGUACUUGGUGCGGUGGUCAGACACCAUGCACGCACUCCAGCCCUUCCGUCCCCCAGCUGACUGUGAAGCCACCAUCAGCCGAGCAGUACCAUUGCCCAAUUCCAGCUGAGCUCCCUCACUUGGCAGCUGCCAACCAGGAUAUCCCAGUACACGGUGCGGGGUAGGCCAGGAACAUCCCCUACACAGUGGGAGGUAACCGGAUCUUUUUCAGGAGACAGUCGCGUCCGAUUUCAAUUAAUUUCUUUUGUCUCAGUGAGCUCUUACUGAUGACAGUUCCAGGUGGGAACAGAGCAGGCAUCCCAGGAGCCUUUUCCAAGGCUGCAUCUGCAGGCCUCCGUGCAGCCGGGCCGUUCCCUGCCCAACGCUCUCUUUGCUCGCAUGGAGCACAGCAUCGUUCGUAGCUAUGCACAGCGCCCAUCCUGCUUGACCGGUGUGCAGAAUUGCAAUUGGAAUUGGAGUUAUUUAAUUGCUUACACUGCCAGAAGGGGUGGGGGUCACCGGUUGCUUUGCUACUUUGUCAUCCAGGUGCCCUGACCUUGCUUUACUCACGAGCAUUUUGCAGGUGCUCAGAGAUUGCGUGUUCAUGGGCCAAGGGAACUGGGUUAGGAGUGGGACCACAGCUCGGUCGCCCCGUUAUCAGAUGGCUGCGUCUCACACGUGGCACCACAUUUAUCGCUGGGACAGCUGAACGUUGGGGUUUUUCAUUUGUUUUGGGGCUUUUUAUGGUGUUCUGUCUUUUCGACUAGGAAAUCUUUUCCAAAGAGGAAACCCACAGUUUAUGUUCAUUUUAUGGAUGGGAUACGUAACGUGGCACUGUGGCUCCGGGACAGGAUGAGCCCGGUGACAAAGUCACUCUAGGGUUGCAGGUUCUGUCCCAAAAUCUUGGAAAGCGAUAGCUCUGUUCUCUACCUAUAGAUGGUAGAGAUGGUGCUUUGCUCUUUAAGGACCUUUAGUUAAAAGAGAGAUAUUUAUAAUUUAUUUAAUGUGCUCUGUUUCAGGACAUUUUCUGUAGUUUGGUUGUUUUUCUCUUAUUUUUUGUAAAUCAAACACAGGUCACAUCAAGGCAGUGCGAAGAGCAGGGGACACUUCCAGAAACCUUUUCAUUGAAUUUUUCAGUUGUUCCCUGGCAUUUGUUGGGAUGAGUGGUGGGACUUCUUUACCAAUGCUUCACUUAGUGCUGCUUGCUUUGUAAUUUGCCUUCUCAUUACCAAGGGUGAUCAGUUGGACGAAUGAUAAACCUGGAGCUUGUUGUAAAGCAAAAAUAGUGCCUGUUGCCCACCGCCGAGCCUCACCCAUAGCAGCUCUUAACAGCAAAGUCAUAGAAUCAUAGGAUGGUUGGGUUGGAAGGGACCUUACUGCCCUCACCCUCAUCAGCUCUUAACAGCAGUCAUAGAACCAUGGGAUGGUUGGUUUGGAAGGGACUUUGCAGCCCGCCUGGCUCCAAGCCCUGCCAUGGGCUGAGUGCCCCCCAGCUCAGCCUGCCCAGGGCCCCAUCCAUGGGGGCAAGGAAGAGAUCUGGUGCUGAGCAGCAAGAGUGAGCGAAACCUCUUGAUGUUUCCAAAGGGCUACCCAAAUCUGGCCGUAGAUUGCAAAAUGCCUCGAACCGAACCGCAGCGCUCAGCCUCAGCGGUGCGAGUGGGUUUGGAACCAAGCCGGCCCCGGCGGUGGUCGGGCAUGGAGCAGUUCAGCCCAAGCUGGGCACGGCAGGACCUUGUGUCUCACAGACACGCCGAGAGCAUCCCGGGCUUUUCCUCUGUGGACUGUGGAAGCGCUUGUGCUGUUGUGUAUUUGUCCAGGGCAGCGUUUGCGUUGAGGUUGGCUUGUUGCUUUUCAAGCACAGCUCAGCCCAGACCUUUGCUUUCCAACAGGGCUGGGGGAGAGCUGGCAGCGCCGCUUCUCUCCUCGGAAGCAGCGUGCUGCUGUGUGUCCCUCUUUUGGAAUCAGUUCUGCUUUGCAAGGAGAAAACCCCCUCAGCUUUCCCGAACACGAGCAGCUUUCUGCCUUCAGUUGCUUCUUCGAAUGGGAAAAGGAAGCAAGCUCAGCCCCGCUCUGCUGCACAGCAGAGCGUGCACUUGGAGAGCUGCAUGCACUGUGCUGCUUGCUGCCCCAUGUCCCCCAGUGUCACCUCGGGUUUGUGAAGGUGUUUUAAGGGAAAAAGCAAAUCACAGCUCUCACCGUAUCCACGCGCACCGAGGCAGCGCUGGCGUCGUGCAGCGUGCAGGUUUGUCACGAUAGCAGGUGUUGCAUUUUCACGGGAUUCUUGCACUAAUGGUUUUCCAUCUGUUCUCUCUGUAAGUGGGUGCACUUUACUGUUAGAAUUUGUUCCUCUGGUUCAUACUGGAUAUUUAAGCGUGAGUAGUGUCCUCGUUAGGAAAUAGCAAAGCAGCUCUCUCGUCUCUUGGUGUAUUUUUCAGAAAAGCAAAAAAGGAAAAAAAAAAAAACAAAAAACAAAAAAACGAAUUGUCACAUUUCUAGCGCAAGAACCGACUCUUGUACAUAGGCAUCGACAGGCGGAGUCACUUUCAAACACGACGUCCCUUGCAGUGGCUUCAAGGCGCUUCCCCAGCAGUUCUCAUCGGGGCGAGGAGCUGCUGUCUCCCGCCGGCGUCGCGCUCGGGUUCGCUGGUGCAGGAGCAGAGGUCGCUGCGUGGUUGCGGUCCCAUUGUGAAGUGCCCUCGUUGCUCCGGUCUCACCCCGCUGCCGUGUCUUUGCUGCAGACCAUAGUGCUGCCGCGCUGCGCUGUGCCUUCAGCUUCUUUCAGUAAUCCCCACUCGGGUUCCUCGCAGCCUUCGGGACCCUUCAGGUGCACCGGGAUCAUUGGCAACCAUGAAACCCUCCAGAUUUGGCUUUCGGGGUGCAUUCGGUUGGCGGUGUGGGAGCACACACCUGUGUUGAGCUGCAGCACCAGCAGAUGUCCCUCGCACUCUGCGGAGCCGUAUUGCAGUGCGGCAACCUCAGUAUGGGGCUGCUGCAGCACGGUGUGGGGUCACGGUUCUGGUUUGUGCCCUGGUUUGGAGUCACACGGUUCUGGUUUGUGCCCUGGUUUGGAAUCACACGGUUCUGGUUUGUGCCCCAGUGCAGAUUCACACGGUUCUGGUUUGUGCCCCAGUGUGGAGUCGCAUGGUUCUGGUUUGUGCCCCGGGAUGAAGGAUGCUGCGGUGCAAGGUGGGGUGCCUGCAUCAUGGGAUUGUGCUGCUGCCCCUACAGCUGGCUUGGGGAUGGCAUCGGAGGGCUCUGACAACAGCCGUGAGGAACCGAUGGAAGUGGUUGGCAAAGGGAAGGUGUUCCAAAGCUGAGGUCCUUGGUCUGGCUCCCGAGGUGCAGCCUGGGCUGCCCACCCCACGCAUUCAUCCAGGAGCUGCAUCAUCCAGGGCUGAACUUUGUUGGUUUUUUUCUUCUUUAAUUUCACGUGGCUGUAAAGAAAACCGCUUAGCUAGCGUCAACAGUGUGUGUGCAUAACGCCUAAGCCAUAUUUGGGUUAGGUCCUGAAGCGGGGUGGUACGGAACGGGCGGCGACGCAGUCCCCCUCGUACAAAGGCAGUUGCGAAUUCAGGGUUACCCAGAAGAAGUCUAGCUGAACCCAAGUGCCAGCUCCGCCUUACCUAGAGAAGCAAGCAAGCCGCCGUGCCUGUUGGUGGCAGAGGAGGUCCUGGGUCACCCGGUUGCGGCUCCUCGGUGGCUUCGGGCUCGGAUUUGUCUUUGGGGUCGCUGACGACUCCUGGCCGCGAUUCACGGUGUUCUAAGAAGGGCUGAGGGCACGGCGCGGCGCGGGGAGCUCCGCAGAGAACGCCUUCGCUCCCGGCCGGUUGCGCUCCCCAACGCCGGCUUGGGGUGCGUUCGGACACAAAGCACAACGGUGAAAGUCGAUCCGCUUUUUUUUUUUUUUUUUUUUUUUUUUUUUUUUCAGAUUUGUUUGAAUAAUUGCUGGAUUUUCAUUCGAUCAAACUCUUUUUCUAAUCUAAACCACUAAGGGCUCAAUUCUUUAGCAAGAUGCGUUCGUGUCCAACUCCUGCCGGCAGCCGGAUCUCACCGGAGCUGCCGCAGAUUCCAACCCGAGAGAAAACGAAGCUCACACGCGAUCGUCCCCGCGACAGCGAACGGGCACCGAUGGGAUCCGCCGCGUCCUCCCCUCCCGGCCACCGCCGCGUCCCGCUCUCUGUGCCACGCCAGCUUUGCAAGAAGGACUUUGUCCCUCCUGGGUGAGCCCCGCGGGAGGCAGGUGGGCGCCGGGUCCCCGCGGGGGCUGGGCUGGGUGGGCGCCUCGGGCCCAGGAGAGGCGGUCGCUCGCCUUCGCUCCUCGCCGCGCCGCUGACCUACGGACUGGUGUGGACUUCCAGCGCCGCAGGCGUCGCUCCUGCCCGGCGUUCCCCUUUCCCAUAGUGUUGCAUUCAGCGUUUUGUCUCUGUUUCUGUCUUCACUUCCGAGAGGAUCCGAGUUGGUACAAACCUGUACAGUUAUGCACAUUUUGUGAUUUGUACAAUCCCCCUGGUUGCCAUCCUCCGAGACACUUGCUGGGAAGAUCUUUAAGACACUUAAUUUUCCUUUAGCUUUUCUAUAAUUCCGAUGUAAAGGACUUUCUCUGUACAGUAUAUUAUUCAAUGCAUGUUCUGUUCUCUCUACUGAUGAUAUAUUGAACACCACACGGUUGUGACAUUGUGCAGUGGGGAGAACAACCCCUGCGGACAGCGGAGGCCUUCGCCUCUCAUGUAUAAGGAAAGAAGAAAACAUAUUUUUUCCUUUGCUGUAUUUGCUUGAGCAGAGUUUUCUUGUCUGUACAUGUGAGCUGUGAGAUAGAUGUGAAAAGUUCAAAAGAAUGCAUUUCCCCCCUCACCCCAAUGUAUACAGAUUGUAAUCUGUACAAUGAAAACUGUAUGUAUGAAAAAAAAAAUGUACUUAUUUAUAAAUGGUUAACACUUGGAAA